CUGCUGUGCUAACACUGAGCUGCAGGCCUUCAGAGGAAGUUGAUUCGCUGUUAGCUAUUCGGCUAAGUUGCUAAGAACUCGAAGUAAACAAUCUGCGAUGUGAGCAGGAGAUUCAAGCACGAGACAAAGCAGCUUGUUUUCCGCCAUGAAGGAAGACAAAGAGAACACUCGACCGAAAGAGAGAAAAGUGGAGAUAAGGUGCGAGGAUGGAGAAAAGACGGAGAGGCCAAAGGAAAAGAAAGAGACCAUGACAAAGAUUGUGAUCAGGCGAUUACCACCAAGUCUGACGAAGGAGGAUCUGGAGGAGCAGCUGCAGCCGCUGCCAGAGCUGGACUACAUGGAGUUUUUCUCCAGUGACACCAGCCUUUACCCGCACCUCUUUGCCCGGGCUUACCUCAACUUCAGAAAUCAAGAGGAUAUCGUCCUGUUCAGGGAUCGAUUUGAUGGAUAUGUGUUCAUUGACCACAGAGGACAGGAGUAUCCUGCCAUCGUAGAGUUUGCCCCCUUCCAAAAAACUGCCAAGAAAAGAGUCAAGAAGAGGGAUGCAAAAUGUGGAACGAUUGAAGAAGAUCCAGAUUACAAAAAGUUCCUGGAAUCUUACAACGGAGACGAAGAGAAGUUGACGUCAACACCUGAGACUCUGCUGGAAGAGAUCGAGGCAAAGUCGAAGGAACUUGUUGCAAAGAGAACAACUCCUCUGCUGGACUUCCUGAAAAAUAAGCAGAGAAUCAGGGAGGAAAAGAAGGAAGAGAGAAGGAGGCGGGAGCUUGAACGAAAGCGUGUGCGGGAUGAGGAGCGACGCAAGUGGCGGGAGGAGGAGAGACGGAAGCGCAAGGACACUGACAAGAUGAAGAGGCUCGACAAACCGCUGGAGAAAGACAAGGACCAAGUUAAAGAAGAGCCAAAAAUUAAGCUCCUGAAGAAACCAGACAGAGGCGAUGACGCUGAUGCGGAGAAGCACAAGGAAAAGGCAAAGAAACCAGAGAAGCCAAAUAAAGAGGACCGACCCAUGGGGAACCAUGAAUAUAAGAGGCGUCAGAACAUUGAGAAUAAGGAAGACCGAGGAAGGAAAGGAGACGAUGACGGCCGGAAGGAGUUCAGGGAGCGUGACACAGAUCGUGACAGAGAACGGGAGAAGGAGCGGCGGCAGAGAGAGAAGGAGCGCAUCAGGCGUCAGGACGAAGAUCGGCGGAGGAGGAGGGAACGACAGGAUGGAGAGAACUCGUGCAGGAAGCGGGACGACGAGGGGAAAAAAGAGAGGGAGCGUGGCUUUGAGAAGAAAAAGGGCGAAAACCAUGUAGACUCCGGUCACACCGAGAGGCCGGAGAAGCUCGCCAGAGACAAGCGGGAGGAAGGCAACAAAAGAGAGCGAAUGCGAAAUAAAGACCGCCCCGCUAUCCAGCUGUACCAGCCAGGGGCCAGGAACCGCAAUCGACCUGCAGGAGGAGGAGAAUCCAACUCCGCCGACAGGAAGCCAGACACUGAGACCAAGAAAGUGGCAGACAAGGGAGAUGACUGAGCAGAUUUGUACUUGUGGCAUUUUAAGUUUGGUGACGAGAGGAGAGAUCGAUCUGUGAGGCUCGGAGCAGUGAUGUGAUGCCUCAGGGCAUCGACUGCGCUGCAGAAGAUGCAGGGCUACAUCUGGCUCUCCCAGUCUCAGAGGCAGGAGUGAUGCUGGAGUCUCUUAGGGCCUGAAUGUGGCCCUCUGUUAGUUUAAUUUGUUAGGAACAGAAACAGUAAGCCUUGAGGAGUUUGGCUGCAGGGCACGUUAGGUGAAGCCAAAGUUUUCUCUGAAAUCGUGAACUCAAAGUGACCUUAUUUCAGUAUUGUUUCUCUGAUGGACACCUAACCACAACAUUGGCUUUUAAUUUGCUUAUCCAUAUCCCACCCAAUCACUCUGUCAACUCUGCCAAACUCAUUAAUAUUGUUUCUGCAGUGUCUGUGCAGUGAAUCUUGAGAGAGAUUUCUGUUGUAGCGUUUGCAUUUUCUGUUUGAAGUGCACACAUGGACAUUAUCUUACUCUCCCUGCAGAGUUUGACAACCCUCAUGUGUGCAGAUCUUUUACUGAAACGUUCCUUGGUCUUUAACUCUAGUCUCACAGGCACAAUAAAGAAACCGAAGUUGACACAUUCAUACAGUUACUGAGGAGAAAUAGCCAUUUCUGACCUGACUGCUGUGUAACACCCAUAUGCCUGCAUGCAGACUUCAGUCUGAGUGAUCAACCUAUGGCCUUCCCCCCUUUUUCUAAUCUGAAUCUGCCUCUAAUCUGAAUCUGCCUCGAAACAUUAAUCUGUGAUGCACUCAACUGAAGACAGCAUGGAAACAUAUCAGUGCUGGUGAUGCUAAUAUCAUGCUAACAUACAGGAGCUACUUCUGACUGGAAAUAAAAGGCCUUUGUUAAA